UAAAGACCUCCGCAGAGGAGAAGAAGCGGCCAACACAGCGCCAAAAUCCCUCCGCAGGAAUUUCUUUUUUUUUUUCUUUCUCUCAGUCACAAGUUGACGACAGGUGCUCUGCGAUCAGGCCGAGGCUGGAGAUUCAAUAAGUGCUGCUCGUUUGGGAUUUAACGGAUCUCUGCUCGACAGCUGAAAAAAAGCGGUGGCACGGGGUGGAGGAGAAGGAGCUGGGUGACAGAGAAGAGAGAGGUGUUGGACAGAGCCAUGCUGUCUCUAAGCUGCGCCGACCCCUGGCCCGAAGGCUCGGUGGGGCUUGAGGAGGAGGUGGUGACCGCCGCUGCACAGGCUGAGGAGCGGGACAGCGGCAGCAUCCACAGCGGUGACAACAUCAGCAGCGGCUGCAGCAGCCUCGUCAACCUGGACGACAGCCUGACCAGCCUGCAAUGGCUGCAGGAAUUCUCCAUCCUCGGUGCCAACGUGCCGCAGCAGGUCCACCACCAGCCGCACCUGUUCGGACACCAGCCGCUGUGCUCCGACGCCCCGGCCUCCCCUCUGGCCGGGGACCCCGCCUCUAUCGGCAUGCCCCUGACCCCGGGCAAGCCUACAGCGGCUGCCUACAGCAGGAUGCAGCCCCUUCCCGGCAUAGUGGCUCACGGUCACUGUCCUGAUGAGGUGGACUACAAGACCAACGCGCACAUCAAGCCGCCAUACUCGUACGCCACCCUGAUUUGCAUGGCCAUGCAGGCCAGCAAGAAGAGCAAGAUCACUCUGUCCUGCAUCUACAAGUGGAUCACUGACAACUUCUGCUACUACCGCCAUGCUGACCCCACCUGGCAGAACUCCAUCCGCCACAAUCUGUCGCUCAACAAGUGCUUCAUCAAGGUGCCGCGGCAGAAGGACGAGCCAGGGAAGGGGGGUUUCUGGAAGAUCGACCCGCAGUACGCUGAGCGCCUCCUGAGUGGCGCCUACAAGAAGAGACGAAUGCCACCGGUCCAGAUCAACCCAGCCCUGCAGAACAGGCUCAGGGUCAACCUCCAGCCCCAGUCCAGAGGCCCCUGCAACCUCACAGGAGGUCAGAUCGGCCUGUGCAUCAACCCAGAGUCGCAGCGGCUGCUCCAGGAGUUCGAAGAGGCAACCGGCGCAGACCAGAACUGGGACCCCCAUCUGGCUGAGGGGACCAUGCUGGGGUCCUGGCCGGUGGUCAGGGGAAGAGGCGGGCUCAAGAGGAAACAGUCGGUGGGCUCCAGAAAUAGCGCAAUCAAAGCCCCCCGGCGCUCCAGCUCCCCACUGCUCUCGGUGGAUGAACAUAAGGAGAUCGGACCUCUGAAGGGUGACUUUGACUGGGAUGCCCUGCUGGACUCAGCCCUCAGCGGGGAGCUCAGUUUGGAGGGAGGAGAACCACUGAGCCCCAUCAUGAAAGAGGAAGACCUGACAGUGCGGGGGACCCACAUCUGCCCUGUUGAAGCCCCCGCAGGGACGGCGGAUAUCCAUGUGUUGGUAGAGACCCAAAGGAGUAAUGACGUGUCAGACUUUGAUGAGGAGACCUUCCUCGCCACAGCCUUCCUGGAGAGCCCCUGGCCCGAAGAGGAGGAACAAGGCCGCAACGAUUUCCUCUGUAGCUCCACCGUCAACCUGGACCAGCUGUUUGACCUUGGAGACUCAUUAAGUGGAGACCCCAGCACCCGGAUUGACACCCUCCUUUGAGGAAUAGUUGCCUUCCAGGUUCCCUUUCACACAAAAACCCUAAAAACCCUUCACAUUGCGACUGGGGAAUAACAGACUUUUUUUUUUUUUUUACACUUAAGCAUCCCUCGUUUUGCUUUUCAAGUUGUUUAAAGAAUUUUUAGAAUUACAUUUUGAUUCAUGCAGGAACUACACUCCCAAAGCCUCCUGAACAAAGAUGCCACAAUUUACAGCAGCAGCUCACAUCAUCAUGGGGAAAACAAAACUGUUUUGAACCAUGAAAUGACUUCAGACAAACAAAAAUAAAGUUUUCAGAAUUAAGGCCUGGUCACACCAGAAGGUGGGAUGGUGAAAUUAAUCUGUAUCUUUGGGAAAAGUGCUUCCUGUUGGCAUUUUACUCUCAGGACUGUACAUCAUUUCAUUCAGUAAUGAGUUUUAUUGAAGGAAAAAAAAAAAGCUAACGUUCUUGCUAACUGUCAACUGGCAGCAUGCAUGUAGCCACUAGGCCUCGCUGCCAAUUUGUCCCUGUGGCCAACUGCGGUUCUACAAUGAAAUCAUUUUCCCCACACACCAUUAGAGGAGAAAACUGUUAACAGGACACCUCCAAGUGCAAACAGGCUAAUUAUUACUAUAAUAAUAGAAAAGCUUAGAAAAGUGCAAACUGCAAACCCCAAAAAUUAAAAACCUUUUUGAUAUAUAACUUCUCAAGCAAUUGUCUUUUAAGUGAAUAGGAACCAUCUUGGAAACUGGUAUCCAGUUCGUAUGGUACCAACAGUUUGAAAGCUUGUUACGAGAGUUACAGACAUGUCAACAAACUGUUGGCUGCAAAUGCUCUACCAUGUUACAUCAAAAUAAAAUCCAAUAGAAACACAAUCCAUUCAGCUCAUUUUAUAAAAGCUAUACACUGUUUGUCUCUGGUUUCACUUAUUAACAAUAAGAUACAAAUAAAAAACACAACAAAAGAAUCUAAGGUGUAGGACUAACCACCUUAUUUAUUCCUUCUGCUGAAAUUAUGCGAAUGCAGCAUGAGAGCAUCCUAUAACAGCGUCCUCCAUUUUGGACCCUUAGUUCUGUGAAUUCACCAAAUAUUUGAGCAGAUUUCUUUGCCACCGCGCUGAAUUAAUUGAUUUCACUACAAAUGUUUGCCACUUGAAAUGGUGUGAACAGGCCUUUAGCAAGAAACAACCUGGUCUCUGUUUACAUAGUAAAAAGUGUGAUUCAUGUUGUUGCUGUAAACCACAUCAGGCUUCACUCUGGGGGUAAAGAAGAAAAAGAUAUUUUCAGCAGCAUUUUAAGAGGAAGAUUUAUCGGCAUCUGAGGUGUUUCUUGACAGAGGUGAAUUUAAAUGUGAAGAGUCAAAACACAUUUGUGGCUGAGAAUUAUGUACAGACUGACAGCAGCACUAUGAUGACGAAUAAUAAGAUAUUUGCCAAAUAAUGUUUGGUGUAGGACUGAUUUACUGUAUUAGCUUUUAGCUUUUUUGCGUGUGGUUUUUGGUACUAACUAUUCUCUGUAUGCAUUUUUCAGAAAUAAGUAGGUCCAGUUUAACUAGAUUAAUAAUAAUUAUGCAGGAUAUGUUUUUUUUUCAAGGGGAAAUGAAACAGAAAGUUCUUUUUUUUCAUAUCACCUUAUCAGAAAUAUUUCUUGUAGAAGUUCUUGUAACCACUGUCUUUGAUCCUGUGACUUUCUAGCUGAACAGUAGAUAAAAGCAAAGUGGAGGACACACCUGAGCUUCAUGUCUUCAAAGUUAAAAUGGACACAAAACAGCUUGAGGCGAAAGAAAAGAAAGAACUAUUAAGAUGUUAAAAUGCUCACUUGAGAGAGGCCAUUGUGCCUUGUAAAUGAAUACCUGACCUUCUAUGUGCCAAGAACAACACUUGGGACUCGACAGGGUGGCAGUGUUAAGAGGCUGUGUUUUUUUAUUACGAAGAGGAAACGUGUUGUUUUUGUAUUGGUGAAUGUGAGGAGACUGAGAAUGAUGGGUAAAUCAACAAAAGAUCUAAUGCAGCUCAGUGAUGUCAUUGGAUGUGGACUAACUAAACCAAAUCACUCCACUGUAAACAAGUAGAGUCUUAACUUUAUAGAUUCAGUAAUUGCUCGUGGUUUCCUCUAAAAUGUGUGAAAGUGCAAUCAGUGUACAGUGGUACUUGUUAUAUUUUACAUUCAGUUGUAGGAGUGUAUUCAUGCAGUUUACUAUAGACAAACCAGUUUCACAAUAAUUUGUACUAUAAGGUGUGAAUACACUCUGACAGGAGAAAGGACUCUGUAAAAACAAAGCAACCACGAUGCGUUUGUGUAUUAGCUCUUCUUGAUCAAAUAACAUUUAUAAACCAUGAUAAUGGCAUCUUACCUCAUGAUUGGUUCUGUAAAGUCAGAGACACUGUAUGCAUCCUUUUACUUUACUGUCAUUAUUUUAUUUUCCACUUUUCGUUGACAAUAAAAAAGUCUU